AUGAAUGAGCCAUAUCCUGCCCUUCCAAAGUUCGUUUCUUCUUUUGAAAGGUUACACUGCAAGUUGCAGGUCUCAGGAAUGGUUACGGAAACUAAAUGUCCCAUUGGAUCAAUACUCGGGGUGAACCAGAAGAUAAAAGAUACCGAAAGAAAGCUGCCAGGAUUCAAAGACAUACCUCUUGAAAGACCUUUAUUGGCUGCUAAUUUAAAAAUUUUAGGCCAAGAAGUCAUGUUCUUCACUCCUGAAGAAACAAUGCAACUUAAGAAGCUUGGGGAAGAAAGACUACUUGGGCCUCAAGCCUUAGGAAUGGUCUAUCAGAUCAUCCAAAAUAUUGAUCAGCAAAUUACCCAAGCUCUGAUUCUGGAGGUUCGGCACAUAGUUCCUACCUCUCUUGGUAUUCCAUUUGAAGUAAGCGCCGCUGGCAUCGCCAUGGUACAUAGUUCAUUAAAAGCAAAAGCAGCGGGAAAUGAUGAAGGUCAGAAGAUGGUCCGUGAGCAACUUCAGCUUGAGAGCCAUGUUGUCUUCCAAGGUUAUGGCAAACUCAUCUGGGGAAUUAAUACAGAUUUCUGCCAGCAUAUUGUGGAAAUCACAAGCCAAUUCCGUAUCCAAAGCUCCCUGAAAAUGGAUGCCACAUGGGAUGUGAAAGCUCGGAACUUCAAAGUUGAGAUUGAACCAAUCCAUGAGGAAUAUGAACUGGCAGAGGCAAGGCACGAGGCACACGUUGUAAGAAGACAUCUGAAUUCUGAGAAGAAGUCUCCAGUUCUUCCCGAAAGGCCUGUUGAGGAUAUCUUGACAGAAGAGUUCAAACCAAGAAAAGAUGAUGUUAAACAAUCAAGGUCAUCCUACAAACCCAGCCCUAGAGACACCUGCAUUACAUUCCAUAUCUACCCUGUGAAGGUCUGCUUGGAGACCAUGAAGAAAAGAAAGGAUGUCAUGCCCCUACGGAACACAUGGAUGCACUUCUUAUGUGAAACCCAUGAAGUGAGGCUUCUGAUGACACCAGUUGUUGCUAUGGAGAAGAUCAAAUGGGAAAUCCAACAGGUCCUUGAAUUACCCAGGUUGAAAAGACAGGCAAAACAUCAUGGAGGAAGGGAUGAGUGCCAGAAUUUCCCAAUUCCACCCAAGGGCCAGGAUGCUAUCUGCACAACUGAGUAUGCACCUGUCUGUGGCAGUGAUGGUGAGACCUACCCAAACAAAUGUAGCUUUUGCAUUGCUAAACGGGCAAGUGGAAACACGAUCACAAUAGAACAUGAUGGUCAAUGUGAGCAAGAGGAGGAUGAGUGCCGCAACUAUCCAGCUCCACCUAAGGGGAAGGAUAACCCAUGCACACGCGAGUAUGACCCUGUCUGUGGCAGUGAUCACGAAACGUAUCCAAACCUGUGUACCUUCUGUAAUGUCAAAAGGAAAAGUGGAAACGAGAUCACAGUAGAACAUGAAGGUGAAUGCGAGCAAGAGGGUGGAAAGAAAUCUCAGAAGAAACCUUCCUGGCAAUCCAAAAAGCAAGAUCCUGACUCCUUUGGAAACCCAGAUAGUUCCAGCUCUUCUUCUGGCUCCCCCAGUUUUUCCCCCUCUAGCUCUUCCUCUUCUGAACCCGCUACUAAAAAAAGACAAGAAAGAAGGAGGGGAGACAGCAGUGACAGCAGUGACAACUCCAGCAACAGUGACAGCAGCGAUAGCAGUGACACCAGCAGCAGUGAAAGCAAGGGUCCACGUCACAGGGGAAACAAGCGCCUGUACCAACAGAAAACCAAAGACAGAUCUUCUAGCAGCAGUGACACCAUGAGCAAUGACAGCAGUGACACCAGAAGCAGCAGCGAAAGUGAUGAGAUUUUGGAAAAGGGACAGCGACGAGAGAUUUAUCAAUAUACUUUCAGACCAGUGAAACUGAUGACAAUCAAACGCCGACGCAGUUUCAUCCAUGGUCCAAGGAACAGCGACAGCGGAGCUCCUCUUCCACAUUCUAGCUUGAGCAGUGAGGAAGAUAUAGACUAUUCAGUGAGUAUUGGAACAUGUUCCUUUCAGCAACUAUGA